CUCGCGACGGGUGGGGUGGGUAAUUGUUUCUCUCUUCUCCCUGCUUCUCCCUUUCUUCGCAAUCAUGGCGGCUCCACCUCGGUCAAUCUCUAAAAAACGCAAGUUUGUUGGAGAUGGUGUAUUCAAGGCAGAACUCAAUGAGUUUCUCACUCGUGAACUUGCUGAAGAUGGUUACUCCGGUGUUGAAGUACGUGAUACACCAACACGUACAGAAAUUAUUUUGAUGGCUACCCAUACACAAAGUGUACUUGGUGAAAAAGGACGUAGAAUUCGUGAAUUAACAUCAGUUGUUCAAAAACGUUUUGGAUUUAAAGAUGGAAGUGUUGAAUUAUAUGCUGAAAAAGUUGCAACUCGUGGUCUCUGUGCAAUUGCUCAAGCUGAAUCAUUGAGAUAUAAAUUGAUUGGUGGUCUUGCUGUCCGCAGAGCAUGUUAUGGAGUGCUUCGUUUUAUUAUGGAGUCAGGAGCUAAAGGUUGUGAAGUUGUUGUUUCUGGUAAACUUCGUGGUCAAAGAGCAAAGUCUAUGAAGUUUGUUGAUGGUUUGAUGAUCCAUUCUGGUGCACCAACAGCUGAUUAUGUUGAUACAGCAACACGUCAUGUUUUGCUUAGACAAGGAGUUCUUGGAAUCAAGGUUAAAAUUAUGUUGCCAUGGGAUCCAAGUGGUAAGACUGGACCUAAAAAACCACUUCCAGAUAAUGUUAGUGUUGCUGAACCAAAAGAAGAAAACAUCCCAUUGAUGCCAACUUCUGAAAUUAAGAUUGCUAAAGAUGCACCACAAGCAGCACCAAUUGCUGUGUAAAUUUUUUUGAAUGUUUUUAUAAUAAAAAACAUCUAUUCAAAUAAA